CCUGAGAGUGUGCGGAUAGAUCGCGUACCGAAGAGACAGAGAGCUGCGCAACUUCUGUUGCACCACCAAGAUGGCACCAAGAGCGUAAUACGUAGAACUAGCAUAAUUACAAAAAGACCUAUAAAAAAGCCAACAUGUCGGAAGAACAAGAAAAGCCCCCUACCCCGGGGACGGAGGCGGA